CAAUGAACAGUCUUUGUCACACACUCUUCUGCACAGUCGUUGAUCUCCAUUUAUCAAAGCUGCUACUGGUAUCAGUCCUUCGCUUUGCUCCUUUCUAGUUUGCGUCUUUUGUUGCUGCUGAAGCGUUUCGACGCCAUGCCAUUGUUCACGACUUCUCCAUUUCCACCGAAUCCAUUGCUCGUUCAAGCCUUGGAUUUCAUCUUUCCACAUCGAUACCCCUUUGACCAUACGUCGAAGACCAUCCUUCUUGCACCAUAUGAACAUAACCGAUCUGCGUACGAUGCAAUCGUCAGCUCACCAAAUCCACCGUACCCUUUCGAACAAGGCUCCAUUUUGAACUCGAUCUUUCCGUCGACUUUUUACACAGAGUCGUUGCGCUCCGUCUAUCCGCUCUACUUUGCUGUCGCCUACUAUGUCCUUGCGCACUGGCUCAGCGGUGCUGUCAAGAGGAAUGGCAGCAAAGAUUACGUCAAAGGCAACCCGUUGUUGCGAUUUAUCGUCCUGGUGCACAAUGCCUUUCUCAUGCUUUUCAGCGCCUGGACGUGGAUUCACGUCUUUCCGGUCGCCGUAGAUUACAUUUCUCAAGGGCUUCGGGGUGCUGGUUUUGAAGGAGUCAAACUGGCGCUCUGCACGUUCUCGACUGAGGCCCGAUACCUCAAUAAAUUCAACUAUCUCUUCUAUCUGAGCAAGUACUAUGAAGUCGUCGAUUCGGUCAUUCUCCUACUCAAGGGCAGGCAAGUCGGCCAGCUGCAAAGCUACCAUCAUGCAGGGGCGCUUAUCAGCAUGUGGAUCGCCGUGCGGUUCGGAAGUGAAUGUGUCUGGGUCUUCACCACCUGGAACUCUUUCGUGCACACACUAAUGUACACAUACUACCUCUUCACUGCUUUGCACCUGCCCUUUCCACGUACCCUCAAGCGCAGCCUUACCUCCUUGCAGAUUGCACAGAUCGCCUCAGGCACACUCGCCACGAACUUGUACUGGUUCCUUCGCAUUAACCCCGGAGCAGUUCUCCAAGGCAUCGCGAAGCGUCACGUCGGUAGUACAAUCGCUGCCGCCUCGCUCAUCGUGCGACAAUUCUUUUCCUUCCAAGAAUCCCCCGUCCUCCAAUCAACGGAAUACACUCAUCUGGACCUUGCCCACAAUGCUCGCUUUCGCCAAGAAAGCAAAAGCCCUACCAGUUGCUUCGAUACGACCGGUGCUACGCUCGCAUUGUGGGUCAACACCUUCUACAUGCUACCACUCUUGUUCCUCUUUGCGCAAUUCUUCGUCAACAGCUACAUAAGUGGCGGCAGUGCUUCACGCAAGGGAAAGGCAAACAGGUACGAACACAAGACGCUCGCCAAUGGCAACGGCAAAGCGAAGACAUAAUUGAUUACAGUCAACGAUAAUUGCAGAACAAGCAGAUAGGAAUACAUGAGAUAAAUGCCGU